AGAGCGCUGUUUCAAUUGCCGACGUUCCCGCCAGCCGGCCGCGCCGCCAAGAUGGCAGCAGACGACGUCUGUGUUCGCACGCGCUUGGUGGUGUCGUCGGUGUCGCGUCGUCCUGGUGAACGGUACUGGCAUGCUGCGCUAGUGGUGCCGUGAAAGAAAUAAUUGUGCGGGUCUGGUUUGUGUGCGGCCUUGUUGGUGCUGACGGUGGUGCGUCCAUGUCGACCAAGCUCGGAUGCGGCUAGGAACGUUUCCAUACUCUGUGUGCUUCAUGGACGAGGAGGUACCAGUGCCGUAGGGUGCGCCCCUCUGCUCGCGCUCUUGGGUCUCUUGGGCGCUGGCGAGCGGCAGGCUGUGUCCCCGCCAUGCCCGAUUUGGUUACACUAGGGUUUUCGAACAGGAGGUACCUACCCAUGUACCUCUCCAAUGAGAGUUACACAAUCGAGAUGCAGGAGCGCGAGUGUCCCCUGGACACUCCCCUGGACACCAUCUCCCUGGACUCCGGGGAAGAGGACAACGACGACCGGGAUGAAGGGAAAGCCAGGCUCUGCUCCCGCCGACUCACUUUCCUGCUCACCUGCCUGGCACCCAGCGCCGACAUCGUGAACAUCUGGAGGUAUCCGUACAUCGCCUACAAGCAUGGAGGUGUGGUUCUCGUACCCUGCAUCGUACUCUUUGUCCUGGUCGGCUUCCCACUCUACUACCUCGAGCAGACGAUCGGACGCCUGCACGCGGGGAAGAAAGGAGGAGGGCAAUGCCUCGGGCACCUGGUGCCGAUUUUCAAAGGUGUUGGCUAUGCGUACUCGACGUUGCUAGCCCUGAUGUCGGUCUACUACAUGGCCAUUCUUUCCUGGGUGCUACUCUACCUGUUCUCUUCGAUGCAAGAGACGCUUCCCUGGACUCACUGUGGCAACGAGACGGUCGUCAAAGGUUGUCCAAGCACGCAAAAACCUCUAUUCGAGCCGUGCCUUCCCGAAAACCUGACUCUCGAUGGCAAGCCCACGGACAGCCUCUGGAUUCGUGCUCCGAGUGAACUCUUUUUUCAUGAAGUUGUCACCAAGGUCAACCCUCAAGCACGCUUUCCCGGAACUGUGUCCUGGUCACUCCUACUUUGCCUCCUCGGCGGAUGGAUAGUUACGUACCUCAACGUUAUCCGCGGGAAGAUAUCCUUCAGAAAGACGGCCAUCGUCCCGGCUAUAAUGGUGACGCUUUUUCUGUGCGCCAUCUUCGGAACCAUCACCAGCGAUCCUGGAUUCCAGAAUGGCCUUCAUUAUUUCUUCUCGUUUGACUGGCACUCCCUGCGAAAACCCGACAUGUGGAACGACGCGGCAACUCAAGUGGCUCUUAGCCUUGGUACCGGAACGAGCCUUCUGCAGCUUUUGGGUCGCCGAGGCAGCAAAUACCGCGGCCUGGUACACGACGCCGUCAUUGUGAUUCUCGUCAACAUCAUCGUGUCUUUCUUCAGCGGCGUUGUGGUGUUCUCUUGCCUCGGCUACGUCUCCAAGGCCAUCAACAGAACCUGCAUCAAGUUUCUACAGGAAGGUUUCGGAACCCUCUUCUCCGUGGUACCAGCGGCACUCGCCAACCUUCCCGGCUCCGUGGUGUGCUCCAUCCUGUUCUUCGCACUCCUCGCGCUCCUCUGCCUGGGACGGAUGGAACAGAUGGUCCUGACCAUGAUCAUCUGUCUGCUCGACAAGAUGUCCAGCGCACAACUGAGGAAGCGUUACUGCCUGUUUGUGCUGGGCAUAUGUGGCAUUCUCUUCGCCGCCGGGAUCAUCUUCACGACUCCCGCCGGCAUUCAUAUCCUCGCUGUGAUGGAUGCGUACGUUUUUUCCUGGGCAGCGUUCCUCCUUGGGUUCUUGGAAUGCGUGGUAGUUACUUGGAUUUAUGGAUUCAAGCAGUUCUCCGGAGAUACCGACACCAUUCUCCAACAGCGCCUUGGCAAGGGAUGGAUGUUUAUCUGGUCGUUUGUGACACCGGGGUCCAUCUUGGUGGUUCUUGUGUUCACAAUUUUCGGCAGUCCGGAAAUCGCAUCGGGACUGUUCAAGAACUCCUUCUGGGGCCCCAUUCUUGGCUGGACCCUGUUCUUUCUCGUCAUCUGCCCCGUUCCGGGUUACAUUGUAUACAAGACCAUCUACACGUGGUGCUACACCAAGGGAGGUCGUUGGGAUGAGUUUAAGAGGCUGGUGAAACCCGUGCCAUUGUGCACAAAAGUGAUGAAGGUGGACAAGCACACGAAGCAGGGCAAGGACCUUUCGCCGGCACCUCGGAUAUUGGUGAUCCGCAAGAACGACGCCAGUCACCACGGCCAGUUGUACAUUCCGUACGGCUUCGUAGUUUGUCCGGAGAAGAGUCCGAAAUCCAACAGAACGCAGGGAAACAAGCUCGUCUUUUCAUUCCCAGAUGUGGACAAGUCGUACAGCCUGACAGACAGUAACGUGACACGACUGAUGCCCCCACCACGAUGCGACGAGAUCUUCUUCUACACGCCCCAGAUGUCUCAGAUGAGAAAGAAGCUCCAGAUGGGCAGCUCCAUGGAAGAACUGCCCCAGACGCCCACCAGUUCCUCUACCCGGGUGUCGGAGAGCUCCACGUCCGAUCAUUCGGAGAAUCUGCACAACGGGAGAGACGACUCUGACAUUCAGGUCUGUCGGAUCAGCGUGGAUAGGGACGCAGAUGGAGAUGACCGCAUCGUGUUGUCCCCGACGAACUUGUCCAAGUCUUCGGAACCCGAAGACGACAAGCCUGCGAGGCCUCGUAUAAAACGACGGUGUUCUCUGAGUGCACUCAAGCCCGAGGGAAAGGUCAUCUCACCCCUGAGAACAUCAAAUGUAUAGAGAGAACCGAGUGUUUGGACGCACGGACUUUGAGUUGCUCUAGACAAGUGAACACCCUUUGGCUGCCGCUCGGCAGCACCUUAUAUGCAAUUUGAGUGCCCUUCAAGUACCUAUGAACUUUUUAAGUAUUCUUCAGAUGAAUUUGAAGAGUGAAGUGAGUCUUCCGAGGGUGAUGCGCUUUGCACCACAACACAUGGUAGCUAUAUGGCUUGAAACAUGCCAUGACUUGUUACCUUCAGAUGACGCUUGAAGUGAAAGUGUUGACAUUUGAAAAGUCUUGACUUGAGUUAUCUACUGCGGAACGCAGUAGCCAUAUAGCUUGGAAUUCUGCAAUGUGCAUCGAGUAACACUCGUGUGCCUUUGGAGUGCCUGGGGUAACCUUAAGUGACAUUUGAGUUACUUUAUAAAGUGAGUGUAUGGUGCGAUCCAAGUGAGGUACGUGUUUCUCCAUAUAGGUGAACAGAAUCCGAGUAUGUACUCUGAAUGGCGUUGAAGCCCCUGCCAACUGUCCCUCUGAUUGGUACUGUCCAUUCUAGAGACCUUCAAGGGCUGUUACACCGACAUUGUAGUCACUUUCGUGUACCUCGAGUGCUGAUGAGUAUAUGUUUCGCACUUUUACAUUGGGUAAAAUCCAACACGAGAAAAGAUGAAAAACGAAGCGACGAGAAACUCUCUUUCGGGGUAAGAAACACCGCAACUGGACGCGAUAGCCGACGAAUCCGUAUUGCUAUGCUUAUGUAUAUAUGUGAAGUUCCGGGUUGUAUAGUUUUCCCGUGUGCAUUACUUCGAUAUUUUCUUACGUGCGUUUUACGAGAGUGCCAACACCCAUUAUGUUUCUGCAUGUACAUUGGCGUUGUGUAAGAAUACUGUGAAUUUGCAUAUCUUUUUUUUUUAUAUGCGCAGUGUGGCUCAAUUACCAACAUUACUUUAAGAAUAGGUUUGAGGCGAGUUUUGCUAUAUUGUGUACAUAUUCACUAGCUUAACUUUUUCUGCUUUCUGCAGAUUCGUAGUAAACCCCCAUUAAAUGGAUGCGACAUGCGCGCAUAAGAGUCGUCAUUAGAGGAUUAUAUUUGUAAUAGACGUAGCCAAUUUUGACGCUCGAAGCACUUUGUCUUUCGUUGGUACAAUGCGCACCAUAUAGGUCACUGUGUGUGUUCUAAGUCUAUAUUGUACAUACAUUCUUAUAGACACCUACUCCUGUAAUUUUAUUUCAGUACCUAAAUCUUUUUUUUAAGAUCUGUACUCACGCCUUUAUACCGGAUGUCUGGGAGAAAAGAGCCGUGUUUUACACAACUCUCAAAAAAAAAAAAAGAAAAAAAAAAGCCUUUUACCGCCGAGUGCUCCGUUUCCGUCCAGAUGUAGCUUUAGCUGCUCAAACCAGAUGCAAACGUUUUCAGAACUUACUGUCGUGACUCAAACGUUAUCAGGCAAUUUCGGAAUAUUUUCAAUAAGGAAAUGGCGGCCAAAAAACCCCGCGAAUACGUGGGGAUGAAUGGCGUCUGAUACCGCGAACGCGCCUCAUUUCCUCAUUUUAAAUCUCCGAAGACCGCUUAUAACCUUCGAAUCAGAUAACGGUAAGUUCCAAAACCUUUGACGCCUUGUUCCAAUCGACAGUGCUACAUUUGGUCGGAAACUGCGCGUUCGGCGACACGCAGUUAAUUUUCGCGGUGAGACCAAGGCGAUUCUCUCUCUUUUUUUUUUUUUUUUUUUGCAAACACCGAUACUUCGGACUUAAUCUGAGCUUCAAAAGUCAAGAAGCGCAGAGACAAGUAGGGAACUGGCUAAACAUAGAACGUGUGAAGGUAAAAACAAAACAAGAACAAGAUUGUCUCGUGCUUUUUAUUAUUUUCCAUGUGCUGUUAUUUAUUUGCGCUUUCGGGCAUUUUAUUUCGCUUCAUCUCAGUCCUGUCUGUAUUACUACCCGGUUGAAACCUCGACUUCGUUCGCGUGCCACGACUCCUCGAAAUCUGAGAUUACUGACGCGCCAGAUGUAGGCGCUGUAAAUAGUGCAACGAAUUUUUUUAUCGAUGACGGACUCCACGGAGUAUGAAUGUGCUGCAAAACAAAAAGCGACGACGUUCGCCCGGCGGCAAUCGUCUCUGCGAGCUUCGUCAGAAUACCGGCGAGUUUUCGCAUAGCGUACCCAAAUGCUUUACGCACGCAAAGGAAUAGCGUCGUCCCCACGGCGCAUGCGCCGACCCCAAACCGCAUUUUGGACGAGCGCCUAGCGACGACGCUAUUUCUUUGCGUACGCAAAGCCUCUUGGGUACGCUACAUUAAAACUCGCCAUUGGAUGUUGCGCCGAGCGCAACGGGAACGUGUCGCCGGGCAAAGUUGGUCGGUUGUCUGCAACGUACUCGCUCUAUGAAGUCCGCCAACGAAGGUACCAGUGCAUUUUGUUGUGUCGUCGUUUUAUUGAUUCAUUCCGUCUUCAUGUUUGGUAAGUCAUUAAAGCGAUCAUCAUUCCCGAACA